UUCAAAGGGUUUUUGGUUAGUUAAUUGGGAAACCCUUAAUCUUAAUUUCAUUUCUAAAAUGUGAAGAAAGAUGGGUACUUUGAUUAUGGGUUUUCUUUUUUUUUUUUUUUUUUUGCUUUUGUUUAAUGAUGUUUUGGAGCAGUUGGGCAAUCCUCUUAUUGAUAAUUACCAUGAUAACAUUGGAACAUAUGAGUACUGGUGGAACCAUGGGUUGAUUUCGGAUUCCACAUACCAAGAACUCAAAAAGUCAUGUCCACAUCAAAGUUUCUUGUUCCCUAGAGGUGAAUGCAAUGCUGCCCUGAAUCAGGCUUUUAAUGAAUUCGGAGAUAUUGAUCCCUACAACAUUUAUGGCAAACCUUGCCCCGGCAUUACUACUCUGAGGCAGAAUUUGAGGCAGCCAUUGCCAUGGACGUUUAGAGGGAAUGAUGAAUGCCUCAUAUUCUACACGAAGAAGUACAUGAACGACCCUAGAGUACAGAAGGCUCUUCAUGCCAAUGUUACUAAAAAAAUUCCUUAUCGUUGGGCAGGUUGCAGUUCUGCUAUCAGGGGAAAUUGGUCUGAUUCUCCAAAAUCCAUGCUUCCCAUAUUCAAAGAACUUAUAGCAGCCGGGAUUAGAAUCUGGGUAUACAGUGGCGAUACAGAUGCCAUUUUGCCCCUAACUGCAACCCGGUAUUCCAUCAAUGCACUAAAGCUCAAGACUUUAAGUGAUUGGUAUGCCUGGACGGAUGAUCAAGGAGAGGUUGGUGGUUGGAGCCAAACAUACAAGGGUCUCACCUAUGUGACAGUGAGGGGGGCAGGGCAUGAGGUUCCUCUCACUCAGCCUCGACGUGCCACAGUAUUGUUUAGGUACUUCUUAAGAAAUUUGCCCUUGCCUGCCCCUGCGGUAGAUUAGAAUUUCUUGUACUGAUUAAUUCGGAUUUCCUUAUAGCUACCAAGAGAAAUGAGAAAGGUUUUUUCUUAAAAAAAAAGAAAAGAAGAAAAAGAUGAAAAUUUAUCAUUCUUGAUGCAUUACGGUCAUUUAUAUUGUAUCAGAAAUACUUGCAUAUUUGUUCUACUAUUACAUUGUAUUUAUUUACCUAAUAAAGUUCAAUUUACUUG